UCUCGAAAUGGCCUUAGAUCUUUCCUCCCGCGAAGCUUCUUCAGCCACUGCCGAUUAGAGAAGGUGGUCCUGUAAACAUAAGGAAGCUUCUUUUUUCCAAUCAGACAGUCGUAUGUUCUGUCGCCAUAAAGGAGAACGCGCUCUGUGCUCCCCGAGCUUUCCCCUCUGAUCCGAAUACCACCAAAUUUUCCAAUCCCGGGUUAUGGUGUGGCAAUUGAAACAAUUUGUGACAUGUCACGGUCGUCCUCCUGACACCCUGUACUGAUUAGUAGCCGUCGAUUACGCACUUCGUAGGAAUAUUAUCAAGCAACUCCGCGAUGACGGGGCUGCGGGACGAGCUAGACAUAAAUACAGCCCAGAUCAUAUUAUUUUGAAUCCAAACCCCAAUUUUGAAGGUAAGAUCGACUUGGUUACGGGGGCGUUGGGGUAGAGCUGACUGCAUUUUCUAGACUUCAACCAUGGCGUACGCGUACGGUGCAUCAGAUUCCUCGGUACCUGUGAAUAGGUGCUACCAAGUCAAAUGUAGUAAGUGUGAGAAGACAACCUGGGCCGGGUGCGGCAGACAUGCUGAAGCGAAGGUCAUGAAAGACGUAGCGGAAGAAGACAAGUGCACUUGCAGCCGGGAGGAGAAAUGAAAGUUCAGAAAAGGGUAGUUAGAGAGGGCAAAGAAUAAGAUGUAAUAAAUGUUGUGGAGGGUUAUUUGAUUCAAUUAUAACUUGAUGAUAAAGUAGCCCUAUACAAAGCCCAGAUCUGGAGCUGCUAUGAUUUUACGUAACGCUCAAACUUUUUGGAACCUUCUUCUUCCUGCUCGUCAAUGUACACUGUGGACAGCGAUGGACCCCGACGUGGUCACCACUGACCGGCUCAAGACCACCCGUCUUGCAGACGGGAAGAAGAUGGUCAAUCAAUUCGUUAUGGACACCAGGAUCGGAAAAGGACAGCAUGGAAUCGUAUGGAAAUGCCAUGACCACCUUAACCCGUCGAAUGUAUUUGCUAUGAAGAUUGUCAAGAGAGAUAAUCCAAAAGCCAAACGAGAACGACAGUACAAGCAGCUCAGACAACAGAAUCUUCCCCCGCGCACAGACCAUGUACCAGUCGUCGACGGUAUACGGACCGCAGAACAGGAAAUUCGAAAGGAAAUUGCCAUCAUGAAGAAGUGUCGGCACCCUCACGUCGUUAGGCUUUACGAAGUCAUCGACGACAGGAAGAAUGACCAGAUUUUUAUGGUCAUCGAGUACCUUGGAGGCGGAGAAGUGCACUAUACCAAUGGAGAUCAUGGACCCAUUCUCACUGUCGAGCAGACAAGACGCAUCAUGCGAGAUGCUCUUUUGGGCCUGGAAUAUCUUCACCACCAAGGAAUCAUUCAUCGCGACAUCAAACCCGCCAAUCUAAUUUGGACCUCAACCCACGAUCGUGUCAAGAUUGCUGACUUUGGAACAGCUCACUUCAGCUACGCUCAACAUCUGGGGGCGGCGGCAGCUGAAGGCGUUAGUGCCUCUUCUUUUGAAGAGGACCCCGUGCUGCUCAAUGAUGCUGACCUGGCGAAACGUGCCGGUUCGCCAGCGUUUCUGGCCCCAGAGAUUGUAUGGGAGUAUACUCAAAACCCUGUAGGACCACGCCCGCCGGUGACCAAAGCCAUAGACAUUUGGGCUUUGGGUGUCACCUUGUAUUGCUUCCUUUUCGGAAAGACGCCAUUUCGUCCCCCUGGUGUGCAUACUCUCAGUGAAUGGACAGGGUACUCUUGUGUCUGUAACUCUGACUGGAGAGCACCAGCCACCAUGGGGUACGACAAAGUCAGAUCAGGUGGGCGGCAACCUCGCGAGGAGGAGAUCGACCGAGGCGAGCUCGGGCCUGUCGUUAUUCAUCUUCUCGACCACUUCUUAAAGAAGGACGUGGAGCAGAGAAUCACGAUUGAAGAAGUGAAAGCCAACCGUUGGUUCUUACUCGACCUGCCUAACCCCUCAACGUGGCUCGAGGUCACUUCUCCGAAUCCAAUCCAAGUUUCGCCGAAGGAGACCUCUGAUGCUAUGUCUAUUCUACGCUUUCACUGGAGUAUGGGGGGGCGUUCGUCUCGAGCUGCCGUUGCCACACCCAGUACGAGUGGCACUGGGACGGGUACAAGUAACGCGACCGCAGCGACCAGUGCGACCACGCCCAGUAAAUUGGCGAUACCUGGUCUGUUGUCGAACACCCAAGCCCUUGGCUCUAGGGAUGGAAGAUUACUUGCAUCUCAAGGCGGCAUGGGUAUCGCCAGACGCCUCGCAGCGUUGUUAUCUAGGGGCAGUGCAUCUCCCACCGUAACUCCAACGUCCACACACACUCCAAUUCCCCCGACUACCGAAGUUCAGUCUGUGACAAACAUAUUGGGUAUUCGUAUGCACCGGUCACAAAAUGCCCUUGCUAAGAAGGCGAAGAAGGCGAAGCAGAACAGCGCAGCCAAUGCUGAUCGAGGUCAUACGACCUCCGAACCGAACUUUCGUCUACGGAGAGUGAGGAGUGAUCGAGAUGCAGAAGCUGAAUGGGACAGAAGAGAAGAGAAAGGGAGGGUACGAGAACGGAGGAGGAGGCAGAAGGUGUCUGAGGCGGUCGUGCGUGAGCAGUCGAGUCCAGUAUCUAGAAAUGCCAAGGGCAAGGAGAAGGAGACGAUAAUACGACAGGGUCAUGAUUGCAAAGGUUCUCGGUCGACGCCGAGGCCUAGUAUUACUGUUCCGGAUAUCGUCCCUCUCUCCGCAGCUCCAGCUCUCCACGCGCCUUCACCAUCCCGACCUCGUAGCGGAAGCGUGCGUAGCGUCGUAACUGGCGGCCAGCGUUCUGCUAGCCCCAGUGGGAAACGUCUCACCGGUCUCUUAUCCACUAUCACUCACUGGAGACCCAACAGUAGGGGAAGUCAGCGCAACUCACCCAUUGAAGCGCGGGUGAAGGAGAGGAAGGGAAAACAAGUACCGAAGAAGCAGACCUCGUCCUCUGGUGCUGGAACGGGCUCGGGAACUAGUGACAGCGAGAUUGAGUUUGCUGACUUUGAUUCUUAUCAACCCGCCAUCGUCUCUUCAGUGAACGAUUUAAGGCUCGCCCAUUCUAUACCAGCAUCCGCGCAUCCCACUCCGCAAACGCAAGGAUCUUCAAGCCGUUCUUCCUCUUCGGCUGCUCUUUUUGCCGCUCGUUCAGGAGCCAGUGGAUCAAGGUCAGGUAGCACGUCGCCACCUGUGGUUUCCCCUACCUUUGCUACCGCCUUUAUGUCAGGCGAUCAUGUUCUAGACGCAGUUCACAACACCGGUGGAGUACAUAGCAGCGUGGGAAGCAACAGUAGCAGCAGCUUCGGUGGAUUGGCCAACAGAAGGAUCAGUAGUUGGGACCAAGGUGCCACUGCGUACCCCGGCUCGAGAAGUUUCACGAGCAGCUAUCAGUCUGAUGACUUCGACCCUGAUUUUGACGACGACGAUGGGGAUGAUGGAGUAGACGUAGAGGGAGGUGUACGUUAUUACAGGGGACAGGGAGCAUAUAGUUAUGGUAGCCCGAACACCGGCACCUCUGCUCCUACGCAUCCUGGAGGUGGGGGGAUUAUAUUUAUGAACGAUGAGGUGGGAGGUUAUCUUGACUCGGGGAGUGAAGAUAGCGGAGAAAGGGAUGACCAAGGUACCUACGAAGGUACUGUCGAGAGCACCGUCGAAGGUCGUACGACUUUGAACGGGUCUCACGAUUCGAAUCAUAGAGGAGACCAAAACCCAGACGAGGACGAAGAAGCGUUAGUGUUUUCCACAAAAAGACGGAGGGAAGGUUGGGUGGAAUAGAAUCGCCAGAUCACGGACAGGUUAACUGUGUUCCUUCGAAGAGACAUUUUCUUAUACAAACACCGAACACAGUCGGUUCUCAUUCUACCUGGUUAGAAUCUCCGACUCUUACGCCCCGCUCCCUCGUCUCUUUCAUCCCCCAUCCAUUUCCUCUCACUUUGUAUUUACCUAUGUCAACAACAUCAGCAAACCCCACUGUCUUUGAUACCUUUUGUAUAUGGAGGUGCCCGCCUCUCUACUACCCUUCACCCACUAAAGAUACCUCCUUUACUUUUCGCUUCCUUUUAUGUCUUUCUCCCUUCUUAUCCUCGCUACCUCGCUUUAGAAUUCUUCCUCUCACUACUUGCUUACCGCUAGAUAACCUUUCGUUUGUACAUGUACCACUCGUUGUUUCACUUUUUUUUUUCAACUCGUCAAUCAUCGCAUCUAUCCAUUUCAUUUACACGUCUCUGCAUCGCAAUAGAAAAUAAUAUGUACCCCCUCA